GUCGAGGAAGUGCGUACGCUGUUUCGCUUAAAGAGUAUACAAAACCAAAAUAUCAACUUGAAGGUCCAUAUAAUUUUUGGAAAUGGCAAGCAGAAGAGUAUUUUUGAACAAUCUUAAAGAAAAUAUUAACGCCAGAAAAACAUUAACCGAGUCAAAGGAAAAUAGGAAUGUACCUUUUGUUGAUAAAAUAUUACAUGAAUCUCGCAGCCAAAACAUAAUGAUUGAAGAGUUAGGUUCUCAUGUAGAUAAGCAGCCUAAUUAUUUUUGUGGGGAGUCAGCUUAUUCAGAGCAAUCAGCAAUUACAACAUUCCAGCCUGAACCUUGUAGCAUUAAUAAAAGUAUUGAGGUCUGCUUUCAAAACGACUUGAAUGCCGCUGUAGUUUCAGAUUCAACAACAGUUCUGGAGAAAAAUGAACAUGAAGGGCGACCUCAAAUAGUUAAGCCCAACAUUAUUUCCAAUGUAUCUGACGUCGGAUCUUCGCAUAAUAUAAAGUCUUCAGAUUCAUCGUCAACUGAUAGUGAUUCGGACUCAACUAAUUCUUCAAACGAUUAUGACUCAGAUGAUAGUGUAGCAGAUCCGGAUUUUAAUCCAACGACAGAAAAAGCUCCAAACAAUUGGGAUUCGCAGCCUACUGCAGAAGAGCAGUCACAAACAACGCAAACAAUUUCACCACCCAAAAAGGCACAUAAACGCAAAGCUAACCCAAAUACAUGGAAAACAAAUGUCUUAAAACGGUUGCGACAUUCAGGUAAAAAUUAUGCUACAAAAACUAAAGUCGUGAAUGCUAAAUCUGUUAAGCCUACUUGUGGAGAUAAAUGUAGACAAAAAUGCACAACUAAAUUUACGGAAGAGCAACGGACACAAAUUUUUGAUGCAUACUAUGCUUUACCUGAUGCAUUGCAUAAGCGUACCUUCAUUGCUUAUAGCAUCGAGGAAAUAAAGCCAAAAUAUGUAUACAAAUCUAGCAACAGACCAAGAAAAAACAAUUUGAAAUUUUUCUUUAAAGAUUGCAAUAACCAAAAAGUCCGUGUAUGUCAAAAAUUUUUCCUGAAUACUCUUGAUGUAUCUCUCUCAAUAAUACGAACAGUGCGAAAUAAGGUAUUUGAUAUGAAUAAUCCGAUGCCCUUACUCGAAGACAGGAGAGGUAAACAUGAACAUCAUCCCUCUGUUGGCAAGUCAUUAAAAAAUAUUGCUAUAAAGUUUAUUGAAUCGAUUCCUCGUGUCGAGAGCCAUUAUGUUCGAGCUAAUUCUAGCAGAGAAUACAUCUCAGGAGGAAGAAAUCUUAGUGAUAUUUAUAGGGAUUAUGUUAAAAUGUGCACUGACAAAAAAGAAAAAUAUAUUAACUAUGUUAUGUUUCAUAAAAUCUUUAAUACGGAAUUUAAUAUUAGUUUUUUCAUUCCAAAGAAAGACGCGUGUGAAGAUUGUACUGCCUACAGUAAUGCUGUUGGAUGUGAAAAAGAAGUAAUGAGAAAGGUAUACGAAGACCACAUAAACGAAAAAGAAUUAUCACGAUUAGAAAAAGAAAAAGACAAAAACGAAGCUCAGUGAAGAUCAUCGCUAAUCGUUGCUGUUUAUGAUCUUCAAGCAUCAUUGCCUUGUCCAAAAGGCGAAAUUUCAACUUUUUAUUACGUCUCGAAAUUAAAUGCUUACAAUUUUACCAUCUUCGAUUUGAAAACAAAAGAUGUUGAGUGUUUUUUCUGACAUGAGGGGCAAGGCAACAGAGGAGCUAACGAGAUAGCCACUUGCGUUUUUAAGUAUAUCCAGGAGUUAUCUGCAAGUGCAAAUGAAGAUAUAGACAUCAUUUUUUACAGUGAUAACUGCACAGGUCAGCAAAAAAACAAGUUUUUAAUAAGUAUGUACAUUCAUGCUGUGGCAGUAAUUCCUACCCUUAAUUCAAUUACUCACAAAUUUCUCAUUAAAGGGCAUACGCAAAAUGAAAAUGAUUCUGCUCAUUCCGUAAUUGAGAGAAACAUUAAAAAAUCCCUUAAAUCUGGACCUAUAUAUACUCCUGAUCAAUACGUUUCUUUAAUAAGGACAGCCAAGAAAUCCGGUAAUCCUUACAAAGUAGAUGAAUUUACGUACGAUCAAUUUAAAGAUUUUAAGACUCUUGCUAAUGAUCUAGGGCGUAACUUUUCUAAAAACACGGAAAAUGAAACUGUUAAAAUGAAUGAUAUAAAAAUUUUACAAGUUACAAAAGCUAAUCGUGGCAGUUUUUUUUAUAAGACUUCAUACAGUCAAGAACAUUUUAAAAUGGUAAAAGUUGCAUCUCGUAAUUCAAAAGCUCUAAGAGAAAACUAUUUAUUUAAAUCAAUAUACCACGUACCUAUUAAAAUUUCACAGCAGAAGAAAAAUGGUUUAUUGGGUUUACUGCAAAAGAAAACCAUUCCUGGUUAUUAUCUUGGAUUUUAUGAAAAUCUGUGAAAAACGUUUCCGUUCCUUUUGAUUUGUUUUUACUUAAAUUCUUACGUUUGUGCCAUAUUACUAUUUGUUGUAAUAUUUUUUAGAAUAAAAAUUUGCUUAUAA